UGCAAUAAUAACACAAAAGCAGAGAUUUGAGUUGUCUAGUUGCCUCUCAAAAGCAAAUAAUCCUCGAGUGACUGAGAUUUGUGAUUUAGUAGGAAAUGUAAUUUAUUCAUUUUAAUUGCAUACGAUUUUGAAACAUGAAAUGGUUGGUAAGCAUUCUACUGGGCGCGGCCGUGCGGUAUCUGCUUAUGAAGUCUGAUUAUGCCGUUACGAUCCAGAACCGCGUUGAAGUUGCUACGCCCAUCAACGCAUGGAAACGAGCCGUCGAAGGAGCCUAUUUGCACAGCAAUGGCAUCGAUCCUUACGAAGGUGAUCUGUACCAUCAGAAUCCUUUCAUUUUGGUUUCGGUUAGCUAUCUUCUGAAGAAUGCAGCCAACGUUAUAAAUAUGAUUUUUAUACAGCUAGAAGUAGGAACAAUGGUAAUGCUGCAAGCAGCGGCCACGGUGUUCAUUGCAGAGCUGUAUCGAAAGCAAAAAGCAAAGCAACACUCCUAUGCCAAAGGAACACAAGAACUUCACAUUUCUGAAAAAGAUUUAACCAGUAUUCCAUUUAGCGUGGCCCUAGCAUACAUGUUCAAUCCGUAUGCUAUUCUCAAUUGUGUCGGCCAAACAACGACCGUCAUCAGUAAUUUCCUGUUGGCACUGUUUCUACUGGGAGUUGCACGCCGGUGGAGAUUUGUUGCGUGCAUAGCACUGGCGCUAGAAACGCAAAGCAAUAUUUAUCCGUGCGUCCUGAUUAUUCCAGCUGCGCUGUUCAUUGCAGAGGAAGAUCGAAAGCUAUGGUUAAGCCUUUUCAAUACGAUUUUCACAUUUGUAGCAGCAUGUCUAUGGCUGAAUUAUGCAGCAUUUAGUAUAAUGGGUAACUGGAAUUUCCUGGAUGCAACGUAUGGUUUUAUUUUCAACUGUCGUGAUCUUCAGCCCAAUAUAGGACUGUUUUGGUACUUUUUCACGGAAAUGUUUGAUCAUUUUCGAACGCUUUUCCUAUACACAUUCCAAAUCAACGCUACCGUGUUAUAUUUAUUUCCAUUGACAUUCAAGCUGAACAAAGAUCCAAUAAUGUUGUUGACGAUGCUACUAUCACUCGGUGUAGUAUUCCGUCCAUAUCCAUGCGUUGGUGACAUCAGCAUGUAUCUUUCCUUGUUACCGCUGUGGAAAUCGAUCUCCAAAUUUAUGGGCCAUAACUUCAUUGUGGGAGCUACUAUGCUGGUAACCAGCAUUCUCGGACCAACCGUAUGGUACCUCUGGAUAUACUCUAAUUCCGCCAACGCAAAUUUCUAUUUCGGAGUUACAUUGGUUUUUUGCACGGCUCAAAUUUUCCUCAUUACCGAUCUCUUUUUUGCCUACAUAAAGCGCGGGUUCUGUCUGAAAAAUGGUAUGCAGGUAACUAUAGAUGGAAAGGAAGCGAGAAUUGCGUUGGAGUAGGUGGAAUAGUGUUUGGCGGAACACGAGUAGGAGUUGAGCUGCACACCACAAUUAAGUCAUUUUUGUUUUAGCGAUAGAUAGAAUAAAUUUUUAAACCAAUGAAA